UCUUGUUUUCAGAUGAUCCGUUAUGUAAUUACAAAUCUCGUGGGCUUUUAAGAGUUUUUUGGAUGUUCAUGUGCGUGUCGGUAUAACAUCUUUACCAACUGGUACUGGAGUCGUCGGCGAAUUUUGAAGAAAAUGCUUCGCCUGUUUGCAUUGCUCUGUUAUUUGUGGCAUCUCAUUGGUGUGUUUGGUGUUGACACCGAUGGAAUCAAGUCAGUAUCUGUAAUGGAGGGAGAUUCUGUCACUCUAAAUACUGAUGUUACUGAAAUACUGGGAACUAAGAUACUAUGGAUUUUUGGAGAUGAAGGUGCUCUCAUAGCUCUAAUGCACACCAGUCAGAUCUCAUUAUAUAAUGGUCCUGAUGGGAGAUUCAGAGACAGACUGCAGCUGGAUCACAAUGGAUCUCUGACUGUCACAAACACCAGAAAUACAGACUCUGGAAUUUAUGAACUUAACAUUAAGGGAGGGCCAAGUGACCAAGUCAAAAAAUUCAAUCUUACCAUCUAUUCUCAUCUGCUCGGUCCCAUCACCACCAGAAACUCUUCCCAAUGUUCUUCAUCAUCAUCAUCAUCAUCACAGCAGAAUUGUUCAUUGGUGUGUUCAGUGGUGAAUGUGAGUCAUGUGAGUCUCUCCUGGUACAAAGGAAACAGUUUAUUGUCCAGCAUCAGUGUGUCUGAUCUCAGCAUCAGUCUCUCUCUACCUCUGGAGGUGGAAUAUCAGGAUAAAAACACCUACAGCUGUGUGGUAAAUAAUUCCAUCAGCAACCAGACCACACAUCUCAACAUCACCCAACUUUGCCACACAUGUUCAGAAAUCUACUGUUGUGGUGUUACUGAAGCUGUAAUCCGAUUGGUCAUCACUGGUUUGGUGGGUGUGGCUGCUGUAGCUUUUGUAGUUUAUGACAUCAGAUCCAGAAAUGCAAAACAGAAGAGUAUAGAACAGACAUCAUCACAAGGCCCUUAAUAAUAAAUCCUACUGUAUGUUCUCACAUCUGGACAUGUAGUGAUGUCCUUGCUGUCCUCAACCAACAGCAUGUGUGGCAUGAUGUUGAUAUCACAAAAAUCUUGUGUCUCUUUUUUUAAAACCAAGGUUGCAGUAGUUGCAAGCAGGUCAUUUUAAAAACAUGUUAAUAUGUAAAGCUCUAUUCUUUGUAAAUUUCCUCUGUAACAGUAUGUGUGUUUAAA